UCGACAGUUUACUUCAGAUUAUUGUUGAUAAAAACUUAAUUUUUAUUUACAAAAUGUUCAAAUACAUUUUAGCUUUAUUUUUCCUUUGUUUUGUUGCACAAAAUUUGGUCGCAGAAAAUAGCACCGCAGAUCCGUAUAGUGGUUUCGUAUUUCCAAAUUUAUCCACUGAAGCUUUGGAUAAGUCCAACUAUCGCGCGUUUCCAGGCCUUCUACGUGACAAAACCUUUGUAGUUGUGGCUUACAUUAAGGCAAAUUGGUUUAAAGCUCAAGAGAUUUGCGGUUAUCAAGGACUGUCGUUGGGCAGCAUAAAUUCGAAAUCAGAAAACGAUUUGCUGGAGAAAUAUUUGUUAAAUAGUGGACUCGCCUCAAACAAUGAGGAAUUCUGGCUCUCCGGUUCAAAACUUGCAGACAACAGUCGUUGGGUUUGGUUUAAUCUGGGUCGCCCUAUCAGCUAUAACAGAUGGGCAGCCGGUAAACCGAUCGAAGUUCUCCGUAACAGAAAUUGUCUCGCUCUGUUGGCGAAUGGUCAGUGGAGUAAUGAUCGUUGCGAGGCUGAAAAAUAUGUAAUUUGUGAGACCCGCUGUCCUUUGACUAGUUAUGACACACCGAUUUUCUUACAAAAGUAAUAUAUAAUAUAAUAAUUGUUUAAUUAUCUAUAUAGUAAGUAGUAAAGUCGUU